GAAAUAGAUUGAUCGCAGCCGCAUCUAUAACGGCGACAGUGUCCCUUUACAUAGGAAAGACUAGGCUUCAGAAUGACCCGUCUAAUGCUAUCAACACGAAUCUUCGAGUCCAUGCAAAGGAAUUGGAGACUGAGACCCAAGAAUCUAGCCCAAAGCGACAGAGGACGACAUACAGAGAGGUGCGCUUCAAACAGUUUGCAUCUGUGGAGUAUGAUGGCACAGUGUUCAUGACACCUCAGGACUUUCUUGAGUCAGUCACUGAACAAAUACCAAGACCUCGAAUAGGAAGAGUUAAAUUGUCUUCGAAAGAUGUAGAAUCUAUGCUGAAGAGUACACCGCCAAGGUCACGGGGGUCAGGGAAACUUUUUCGUCGUAUUCUGGAUAAAGGCAUCAUUUCCUACACAGAGUACCUGUUCUUGCUGUGUGUGCUGACAAAGCCACAGUCUGGAUUCAAGAUUGCCUUUAACAUGUUUGACACGGAUGGAAACCAAAUUGUGGACAAAAGAGAGUUCCUCGUGAUUCAACAGCUGCAAGCUGGAUUGCCGUUGAAAAAACUCUUUGGUCUGUCCCAUGACAAAAAGAAUAAACAGGUGGUGUCCUCCCGGAAUGAGCUUAAGCCCCUGAAGGACCUUGUCUCCCUGGAGGAGGUGUUUAGCUCGGCUUCAGGGAGAACUAACUCAGAGGACAAGAUGUCCGCAGACCAACAAGCAGCUGAGCGAACAGUUACAGACACAACCCUGCUGGUCCAUUUCUUUGGACAAAAGGGAAAAGAGGUCCUCAGAUUUGAAGACUUUAGAUUGUUCAUGGAAAACCUACAGUCAGAGGUUCUGGAACUGGAGUUCAAAGAGUUCUCCAAAGGCAUGCCAACUAUUUCUGAAGUGGAUUUCGCUCGAAUCCUUUUGCGCUACACCCUCCUAGACAGGAGUGAGAUAAAUGAGUGUGUGGAGAGAGUGCGAGAGCGGGUUCCUCAUGAGAAGAAUGGCACACAGAAUGGGCCUCAGGGAAUCACAUUUAAGGAAUUUAAACAGUUCUGCACAUUUCUGAACAACUUGGAUGAUUUUGCCAUCACCAUGAACAUGUAUGCCCUGGCUGGGAAGCCUAUUUCACAAGAGGAUUUCCAGCGAGCGGUAAAGGUUUGCACAGGGUACACGCUGGAGCCUCACAUUGUGCGUACAGUGUUCAUUAUAUUUGAUGAGGACGGGGACGGUCAUUUGAGCCACCACGAAUUCAUCUCGAUCAUGAAGGACCGCCUUCACCGAGGAUCUCGGUCAUACCUGAUGCACUCGCAGAGCAGAUGGGAAGCAUUCCGCUCCUGUGUCAAGAACGAAAUGAAGAGUAACUGAGGGACAAAACUGCUGCUUCAUUCGCUAGCCAGACACCUGAGAAGGACAUGAGGGAAGAACACCUGACCUACACUCUGGUGUGAUAGUUUGUUCCUCACCUCUUGACCUGUAAUAUAUAGAUGCACAAAUACAUGUGUAUGCACGUGCAGGCUGUACAGUAAACUGUUUAUGUGUCUUAUGAGUUUUAUUUACUAGGUAAAACCUUAAUAUUGUAUUGAAAGGUGGUGAGUUUUGUUUGAUUUUAAAUGAUAUCGGUUCUAUUUAUUUAGUAUUUACUACUUGACUGCACUGACUUUCUGUUUCCUUGACUUGGUUACUGUGAUAAGGACACAAGCAAUUUGUAUUGGCUUUGUGUUGUUGACGGCAUCCCUCUGUACUUUUCUCUGCAUACAUGAGGAAGUACACUAUGACUCAUGGGAAGCCUUUCCUGCUCUAUCCACAAAGGUGUGGUUGGUCUUGCCUUGGUCUUAAGUCCCCUCUGCUACACAUGGUCAUUAACAGGUGCUUAAUGGUAAAGUACAGCUCAUGAAGCCAUGCAUUAGACACCACAGCACUUUCGAUGAAGGACAAGGUAUAUGUAGUCGAUAUUCAUUUUACAUAAUCUAUCCAGGUAUAAUUGUAUUAGCUAAAAUUUAUAACAAUUAUUGCGCCAUCUGUGACACUGUGAUAACACAGGCGACUUUCAGAAGCAAAUUCUUUCACAUCCUGGUCACUGGGCAAUUACCUGACAGUGGUUGUAAUUGCUUUCUGAAAGGCUUUAAUGAGCAUUAGGCUGUGCUGGUGCAUGCCACAGUCAGUAGUGUUAUUGGUUUUUGUAACUACCUGAGUCCUGUUAGUGAAAUAGCCAUUGAUAACAAGAUUCAUUGGUGCAAUUCAGCAAUGGUAAAGUGACCUGUGCGGUUGUCACCUCCAAAAUAUUUUGCAGGUUUUGUGAAAGCUGUUCAAAGUUUCUUCAUAUUUAGAAAUAUUUUGCUGAUAUUGAUAUUUUUUUUCGAGAAAGAUGUUUCAUUGUAUUUGUUUUGUUUCAAUGGCCUGACCUUAAGUCAAGGAAAUCCAUGGAUUCUUGGCUUUGGGAGAAAAGAUUUUUGACUUCCAUGUACAAUUUUGUAAGAAUGUUUUGUUUUUCUAAAUAUUCGCAGAUCAAAUGUGAUGUACGCAUGUAUGCCCAUAACUUAAGUUGUACAUGUGUGGCGGUAUGGGUAGAAGUUCCUAUGUGUGAAGUUAUAUGGGUGAGUUAUGUGGUAAGGUGUCGUGGGGCUGGUAAAGAAAUGAAAUGUGUGUGCUCCUCUACAUGUAUCUGUGUAUACAUGUAUAUGAAAUUACCUGCCAUUCAUUUGCCCAAAAUUAAAUGUAAGUAUCAAUAAAUUUGAAAGGUGCGUAUAGAAAAUUACAUGAAGGUGUUGCUGGAGUAGGAUUCAUGCAAAUGUUUGACUUCUGCAUAUAGCAGACUGUCAUGUUGAACAGAAGCUAUUUCUUAUUGAAUUGUGCAAUAGUUGAGAGGAAAUAUUUUCCCAGUUACGAAGUUUUUGUUGAAGAUGUGAACGUGGCAUAAAUACAUGAACAUAGUGUUAUUCAGUAUC